CUUUGACCAGUUUUGUCAAUAUGCUCCGGACAUAAAUAUGCGAUCAACUUGGGCAGGGGAGGCAAUUAAUUCAUUAAUUACGGAGUAAUGAGGAAGAUGAUAGGAUUGAUGCUUCUUCUUCUCUCAACUCUGGCAGUCAAUGCCGGAAGCUCCUCCCAGCCUCUGCCGCCACCUGCGGCGGAUCUGCCGCCGUGUUACAGCCUGCCGCCGACUUUCUGUCCCUCAUGUGGAGCCGGGAUGGUCACAGAGCUUGGUGGCCUCAGAGCCUAUGUCACCGGUCCUUCCGAUUCCAAGAAGGCUAUUCUUAUGAUCUCUGAUAUCUAUGGCGAUGAACCGCCCGUUUUCAGAAGUGUUGCAGACAAAAUAUCAAGUGCUGGGUUCUUAGUGGUGGCGCCUGAUUUCUUCCAUGGUGACGCUGCUAACCCAAGCAACCCUAAAUAUGACAAAGCUACUUGGAAACUAAAUCACCCUGCGGAAAAAGGAUAUGCAGAUGCAAAACUUGUGAUUUCUGCUUUGAAAGAAAAGGGCAUAUUUAUGGUUGGGGUAGCAGGUUUUUGCUGGGGAGGAAAGGUAGCAGUGAAAGUGGCAAAUGACACAAAAGAAGUUCAGGCUGCAGUUCUGUUGCAUCCUAGUGAUGUCACGGAAGACGAGAUGAAAGCGGUUGAAGUGCCAAUAGCAAUUUUGGGAGCUGAACGCGACAAAGGUUUGCCACAUGCCCAGAUGCAUCAUUUUGAUGAGAUCUUGUCAUCUAAUAAGAUUGAACACCGUGUGAAAACGUACCCGGGUGUUUGUCACGGAUGGACCAUUAGGUACUUCCACAACGACACUUUUGCUGUCAAUAGCGCGGCAGAAGCACAUGCAGACAUGAUCAACUGGUUUGAAAAACAUGUCGCCCUCAAGUCCAUGGAAGACGAAGCUUCAGAAAGCCCAACUUGUUCAAUCUAAUUACGGAGUAGUAUUACUCAAUUAUACAGGAGUGGUACCAAAUACCAUGAGUUAUUCAUCAGAAUCAUUGUUGGUUGUGUUUUUACUUUGAAGAAGAGAAAUAAUUAAUACUCCAUACUUCGUAAUUAUAACUACUGUUUUUUUUCUUUUUUCAGUUUUAUUAUAUUCUCAUUCAUGCCCCCUUGUAGGUUACGGAGUAUAAAGAUAUACGUAAUUAGUAAGCAUGCUAGGAGUAUACCAAAAUCGGGUACCUUUUGUACACUAGACAAACACAGACUAAAAUGAUGUAUCUCAUUUUGGUGUACCUCUAGGUUUAUUCAACGAAAAAUCAUUCCUUUCUUUUCUUUCCCCCCUCAAUCCCUUACUAUUCCCUGUUGACUUUUGGCUUUAAUUUCUAAUCCCACACCGGUGGUUUUGGUUUUGAGUGUCCCACACCAUAAAUGUUUGUUUAGAGA